CGGCAGCGGCGGCGGAGCCGGGUGCGGCUGGCGGCGGCCCGAGGCGCGGCCGGGCGGGAUCAUGGCGGACGGCGUGGACCACAUCGACAUCUACGCCGACGUGGGCGAGGAGUUCAACCAGGAAGCUGAAUAUGGUGGACAUGAUCAGAUUGAUUUGUAUGAUGAUGUAAUCUCUCCGUCUGCGAAUAAUGGAGAUGCCCCAGAAGAUCGUGACUAUAUGGAUUCUCUCCCACCUUCAGUUGGAGAUGAUGUAGGUAAAGGAGCUGCACCAAAUGUUGUCUACACAUAUACUGGGAAAAGAAUUGCCUUGUACAUUGGAAACCUUACUUGGUGGACAACAGAUGAAGACUUAACUGAAGCGGUUCAUUCAUUGGGGGUAAAUGAUAUUUUGGAGAUAAAGUUCUUUGAAAACCGUGCUAAUGGCCAAUCUAAAGGGUUUGCCCUUGUGGGUGUGGGAUCGGAAGCAUCCUCCAAAAAGUUGAUGGAUUUGUUGCCUAAAAGAGAAUUGCAUGGGCAGAAUCCUGUUGUGACUCCGUGUAAUAAGCAAUUUCUGAGUCAGUUUGAAAUGCAGUCAAGGAAAACCACACAGUCUGGCCAGAUGUCUGGGGAAGGUAAAGCUGGUCCACCAGGAGGAAGCUCAAGAGCAGCAUUUCCACCUAGUAAUAGAGGGCGAGGCCGUUUCCCCGGUGCCAUUCCAGGUGGAGACAGAUUCCCUGGACCAGCAGGGCCAGGAGGGCCACCACCACCAUUCCCAGCUGGACAAACUCCCCCACGUCCACCUUUAGGCCCUCCCGGUCCACCGGGCCCACCAGGCCCCCCACCUCCUGGUCAGGUCCUCCCACCUCCUUUAGCUGGACCUCCUAAUCGUGGUGACCGCCCACCACCACCAGUUCUGUUUCCAGGACAGCCUUUUGGUCAGCCUCCACUUGGGCCGCUUCCUCCAGGCCCUCCACCACCAGUUCCAGGCUAUGGGCCGCCACCGGGUCCGCCACCACCUCAGCAGGGUCCACCUCCACCUCCGGGUCCAUUUCCCCCUCGUCCACCUGGCCCUCUCGGGCCACCCCUGACUCUUGCUCCUCCUCCGCAUCUCCCUGGGCCACCUCCAGGUGCUCCACCACCCGCACCACAUGUGAAUCCAGCUUUCUUUCCCCCACCUGCCAAUAGUGGCAUACCUACUUCAGACAGCCGUGGCCCACCUCCAACAGAUCCGUAUGGCCGACCUCCACCAUAUGACAGAGGUGACUAUGGGCCACCUGGAAGGCGUUUCACUGGAAAUAACAUGUCCAUAAGAGAAAAAUUACAUAUUCCAUUCUAUGGGAGGCACACGAAAAAUAAUACUCAAAACUCAGGGAGAGAGAUGGAUGCUGCAAGGACACCUCUAAGUGAAGCAGAAUUUGAAGAAAUCAUGAACAGAAAUAGGGCAAUCUCAAGCAGUGCCAUUUCAAGAGCUGUAUCAGAUGCCAGUGCUGGGGACUAUGGAAGUGCUAUAGAGACCCUGGUAACUGCAAUUUCCUUAAUUAAACAGUCCAAAGUAUCUGCUGAUGAUCGUUGUAAAGUACUUAUUAGCUCUCUUCAAGACUGCCUUCAUGGAAUCGAGUCCAAGUCCUAUGGUUCUGGAUCCAGAAGACGUGAACGAUCCAGGGAGAGGGACCACAGUAGGUCACGAGAAAAAAGUAGACGCCAUAAAUCACGUAGCAGAGAUCGUCACGAUGACUAUUAUCGGGAAAGAAGCCGAGAAAGAGAGAGACAUCGUGAUCGUGAUAGAGAUCGUGACAGAGAACGAGACAGAGAGAGAGAAUAUCGCCAUCGCUAAAGAAGCUGAAGGAAGAGGAGCAGCGUACAAGACAAGAUACGUUCUUCAAGGAAAGAUGCUUGUCCGGCAGUUUGCUUCAUGUGAUUGAACUGAGCCUGUAAGGAUUCAUGGAUAAAAUGAACAGGAAUAGAUCUGAAUAAAGCAAAUCUGCAUACAUGGUAACCAGUAGCUCUUUUACUUUUUUUAUGUUGCUUAACUGUUUUAUUUGAGGGAAACCUGUGUGAUUUAAACCUUAUAGUUUUUGCAACUUCAUUACUGGUUAUAUACAUUUGGCAAUUAUAAUGUGCGAGCAAUUGGAAAAAGUCAAGUAAAUGCUUGUUUUUAUAGUAGUUUGUUCAUGUUAAAAUGUUCAUAUGAUAAUGUCUGUACACAGCACCACUUUGAUUACAGUAGAUGUAGUGUUGUAAUAAACUGUUUAAUGGGGCUGAUGUGUAAAGCUGUUCAAGUUAUUUGAUGUUUACACCUCAGGGAAAGUCUUGUGUUCAGCAAUAUUUAAAGAUAAUGUUACAAUGAAAACAUUGAUGCUGUCUUUAAAAACAUCGCAAUAGUUCUUGCAUAUGCCUCAACCUAAUCUUGCAUUCAGUGAGUUGAACCUACUAAUGUUGCUCUCACACGUUUGAUUUUGAUACGAAGACAGGUGGUUACAGAAACCUCUAAUGCCAUUUUGCUUUCUAGCAGUGUUUACCUGGGUGGCUUGUGAACUUGCUCACUGACGUAUAAAACUGUAAAAACUGCAGUUCUUUGUGUUCUCUUGCUUUGAGGAAGGUGCUCCCAGAUCACUGAUGGGAGCACACUGAAAAUGCUCUUUCACACGGUCUUGAUAUUGGUCGACGCUGCUGUUCAUAUUAAACUGUUUGCAUGGUCUUAAACCAUUCAUAUUGAGGGAUGCAAAGGUUAGCUUUAAAAAAAAAAAAGAAGAAGAAUCCUGCAGUUGUUUACAGUUUUAUAGAACUAGUGCUUAUGUGUUUCUCCCUUCCCUCCGCCCCCGAGGCCGCAGCAGUCUGUACAUAACUGUAUAUUAGAUGUGACAGGAGGAAGCAGAUGUUUCCAUUUUUCAGACUUUAUGGGUUUGAUACUUUUUUAAUGCUUUGGGGUUUAUCCAAACGUGCAUAUAGAAGAGAAGGUACGCCUGUAUGUCCGUGUUCCACUGUGGGCAAUAUUGAAGUAUCUUCGCAAAAAGCGGCGCUAAUUAAAUCCGUCAAAUGAGGUUUUGUAAAUUUCCUUAAAAACAGUUUGCUGGAGCUUAGCGUGGAAGCUGAAUUCCAGUUACAAGAAAUUGUUUUAAAUUUCAGUAAGCACAAAUGAAUGGAAAGAUUCAUUUAAUUUGGAAAAAAACUGUUUCUGGAGUCCUUGCACAAAGGCUCAUUCUUUGUCUGUUGCAAAUCAUUGUGUAACGGAUUUAUUCUUAGUUUUCACUGAUUCACAUAGCUGCACUUAGUGCUUUAAGUUCUGUUUCAAGACCUCAGAUGGCUUUAAGAAGCAACUCUUAGACAGCUCUUCGUUUCUUUCUUUACUGAUUUUCUUUCUCAAAAGGUUUUGCAGCAGAUCUAAAAUCUGUUCUCCUGUUCAGGAAAGCACUUCAAUCCACUUGGUUUUCCAGAGCACAUGCUUACAUUCUGCCCAUUUCAAGGAAUGUAAACAUAUGCUCUAAGUUAAUUUGUGCAGAGUGAGCGAUUUUGAUGCUUUGCUGAGUCGGGACCAGUAGCGUGUACUACUGCAGAAGCUUUGCUUAAGUCUGAAAUCUCUCAUAUUUUUAUCACCGACCCUUGGCCGGAUUUUCUGCAGCCAGGUUGAUGCUGUUGGACUGGGCUGCAAGCUUCAGACCCCCUCCCCUUUUUUUCCUUAAAUUGUGUACCUCAAAUCCUCAUGCGUGGGGUCGCUGGUGUUAAUCAAACUAUUUGCUACUGAGAAGAUAUUUACAAUGUUUGUUUAAACCUGUUUCCAAAUGAAAGCUGCCUUUUAAAAUUUUGUAAACUGAAAGUUGUAUCUAAUGAGUCACGACUCAUUUCCUGCUUUUUGUGAAUAGGUGUUGGUUACAAACAAUACUGUUGUAAUUUUAUUUUUUACUUCAAAACAAUGUUUACUGCUGUGUGUAAUAAGUUUAAGGAAGGAAUAACCUGUCUGUAGCUGUUACAUGGGGAAUAGCUCAUGCUGGAGAGGCAGCAGGUAAGUAAUGUUCCAUUGCAGAGCUAUAUUAUAACUCGAAAUAAAAAAUCAAAAGCAUUUUAUGCAGGAAUUGAUAUUCCAUACUGAAAUAGAUAUAAGGAUACCAUUGCUCUUCUACAGAGCAUAGCUUCUUGUGCAGAUUUCUGUUGCUGGCAAUGGAAAUAGCAGGGGAAAAAAAAAGCAGGAAGAGAACAACACAGGUUAAACUGAGUGUGUUGUGGCUUAGAAGAAGAGAUCCCCACAUGAAGCCCCUUAUUUCUGCCUGUUCUCUGAGUACUUAGUUUGAGCUGAUAGGCACACUGUAUCACUGUUUAGAUAGAGCUCUUGCUACUGUGAGUUUUGUUAGAGUUUUUUUUUUAAUGAAACAAGAAAUCUGUACAGAAAAAGAUCCAAAGACCCUGAUAGACACCAAAAAGGAAUAUGUCUGAUGCACAUCAUGUAUAAGUGAAUCCGUAAUACAGUUGUACCAGGUUUUGGUUUAUUACAUGUGACUGACGGCUUCCUGUGUGUGCGCUCAGGAAGCGGCAGUUGGGCGCUGCGCUGCCUGCUGAUGGUGCCAUGGUGGCUCCUGCCACCUUCUUUGAUAUUCACUCUGUUGUAUUUCAUCUCCUUUUGAUCCGAUGAAAGGAUAAAACAGUCUGUGAGGAAAUACUUGAUAUUUCUUCUGAACAGUGUUUUUAUAAGCAAUGUUGAAAAUUGGAUAAGGCUGUGUGUCCUUUGUUUUGGGAGACAAAGCCCACAGCAGGUGGUGGUUGGGGUGGUGGCAUCUCAGUGACAGAAGAAUUUUUUGCAGUAGGUUUUUUUUUAUCUGUUUUGUUUGGUUGGUUUUUGUUUUCGUGAGUAAGGUUUCCUUUUUUCUUAGUAAAAUUUCUACUAGGCUGUAUGUUUUGACAGGUCAGAAACAUUUCUUCAAAAGAAGAACAUACAAUUUUGGAAAUUGUACAGCCCUUUUCUUUCAUUCCCUUUUUGCUUUCUGUGCCAAUGCCUUUGGUUCUGAUUGCAUUAUGAGAAAUGUUUGUCAGAACUUGAGGUUUUUAUUUAUAGUGUGGUUGAAAGCUUGGAUAGUUGUUCUUACACGAGAUACCUUAUUAAGUUUAGGCUAGCUUGAUGCUUUACUGCUUUGUUUUUUCCCUUCUAAGUAGUGAGCGAUCUGGUUUUUUCCUUUGAAACUGGUGAGGCUUAGAUUUUUCUAAUGGGACUUUUUUACCUGAUGAUCUAGUUGCAUACUCAAAUGCUUGUAAAUGUUUUCCUAGUUAACAUGUUGAUAACUUCAAAUUUACAUGUUGUAUAUACUUGUCAUCUGUGUUUCUAGUAAAAAAUAUAUGGCAUUUAUAGAAAUAUGUAAUUCCCGAUUUUCCUUUUUUUUAAUCUAUAUGCUCUGUGUGUACAGGUCAAACAGACUUCACUCCUAUUUUUAUUUAUAGAAUUUUAUAUGCAGUCUGUCAUUGGUUUUUGUGUUGUAAGGAUGCAGCCUUAAAUUUCAUAGGGCAGUGCUCAGUAAGGUGGGUUGUCACGUGGGUUCAAAUGUAAAACGUGCACGUUUGGCUGCUGCCUUCCCGAGAUCCAGGACACUAAAUUGCUUCUGCACCGAGGUAUAAAUCACUCAAGAUCCCAGGGAAGUGCAGAUCCACAUGAUAUUCUUAAAGAAGAAUGAAUACUUUCUAAAAUAUUUUGGCAUAGGAAACAAGCUGCAUGGAUUUGUUUAGGAUUUAAGUUAUUGUGGGAAUGGAGCGUAUAGGUUUUAAACACAGUUGCAGCGUGCCAAUGAGUCACAGUGUUUAUGCAGAAGUGAUGCCCGUUGCAGCUGCUCACAGCACUGCCCUGCAGUGAGUGUUGCAGACAGGGCUGGGGUGCUUUGUGUCGUGUCCCCACGCGCUGCCACACAGCCACCUCCUGGAACACAUCUCACCUGCUGGGUACUUCUCAAACCAUCUUAGCUGUAGAAGAUGAGUUGCUAAGAAACAGAGAAGUUUCUCAGUUGGAUGUUCUCAUGGGAUUUUAUUUUUUUCCAUGUUGGACGAAGCAUCUCUAUUUGUAAAUUACGCACUUGUUAGUUCCUGAAUCCUUUCUAUAGCCCCGGUUAUUGCAGCAGAUGUAGGCUCUGGUAUGGCCUAUAUCUGUGCUUAAAUCUUUUAAAGCUUCUGAUUUGAUGGAAGUCUCUUGAAGAUAGUAAACAGUAUUCACCUUUUACCCCCAAUGAAAUUGAGCAUUUCAGUUGUAAAAAAAAAAAAAAUCAGUCUAUUCGUACCAUGUAAUGUAAUCUUACACCCCCAGUGCUGACACUUUGGAAUAUAUUUAAUAGUCUUUGGCCUCACCCUCUUGUGUACUGUAUUUUGUAACAGAAAAUAUUUUAAACUGUGCAUAUUAUUAUUACAUUAUGAAAGAGACACUGUUGAUCUUCAAGUGUAAGAAAAUGAGGAAUGCGUGUGCUUUUAUAAAUGCAAGUGAUUGCAAAUUAGUGCAGGUGUCCUUUUAAAAAAAAAAAAAA